AACUAACUUGUUCACCUGUGUGAGCAAAGAAGAAGAAGAAGAAUAAUGUUUGAUGCGGCCUAUCCCAUCUUCAACAGGUAUCGAGUUUCGAGUCAGUUGAAGAACAUCCGUUCGAAGGACAUCAUCAUCAUUCUCGUAGCUCGUUGUCAGCCCAAUUUCUGUUUGGCUAACUGUCCCCGUCGUCGUCGUUUACAUACGUACGCUAACUAACUGAAGCUAACAUAACACGUUGUUUUUAUCUGCAGUAUCAUCAUCAUCAUCUUCUUAAUAAUAAUAAAGAAGUACUUUCUCUCUGGUAUUCUACAACAGUGUGACAUUAUAGACAUACAUUUUUAGCGUAUGGUGUGUGUCGUGAUGUGAAGUGCAACUCACUCGUUUCGUUAUAAACGAUGAAAAGUGGGACGACUUGUUCCAAAAAACUGAAUCGCAUUGCUGCUGGAUUGUCCCUGUUACAUGGGAGACUUGACAUAAUUGUUGGUGGAGGUGCGGCGGUGGUGGGAGUCAGUUAGGUUGUUGUUAUGAGGGAAUGAGGAAGGAAGUACGUGUAUGCAUAUGCACAUAUACUAAUAAGUAAUAGCUGAUUAGCAAGGAGGCAGGCUGAAUUAGUGAGAAGAACAGUUGAGAAAAAACAAUAAGGAAGUGAGAUGAAGUGUUUGUGGAGCUUGUUGGAGGGGAGAACGAGACAGAGGUUGAGGGUCCGAGCCUUCUCCGUCCUCUUCACAUUCCUCUCGAUGGGUGACAUCCUCGACCUUCCUCAAGCAUUAAGUCAUUUAACUGUAUCAAGAAAUACGCUACAUUUCAAUAAGAAUAGAAGGAUUCUCCCCUCCGUGGGUGCCCUAGACUUAACGACCAGAGAUAUUAAUCUUAGUGAUCUUAGUGGUGAUAGGUUAAGCAGUAGUAAUCUUAGAGUGCCAGGGUUUAAGCAGGAGGAGGAAGUCAACUGGUUACAUCGAGUUCCUCAGGAUAAGUUGCUGCACGCUUUAGCAGAUUCAAAACUAAGUCAGUCUAGAGAAGAGGAGGAGGAGGACGGGCAGGAGGAGGAGGAAUCCAUCGAGAUCUCGAGAACAGUGGAACCCCAAGUGUUACAAAGACUGGAGUCGAAAUUUCUAAAGUUGUUCGGCAUGAGUAAAAGGCCUCAAAAAACGGUCGAGAAGAAGCUCAAAGUUCCAAAAUACUUGUUGGACUUGUAUCAAAAACAGAACGGGGAUGAAACCCUGAUGCCCACGACGAACCUCAAUCUCCCCGGAAGGAAUACCAGGACGGCCAACACUGUCCGCACGUUUUACGUUGAAGAACCCGGUUUAACCUCAUCAUCGCUUGGCGGUGGUGACGACGACGACGACAACCACUUGCACUUCAAUCUGGACUCAAUCCCAGAUUCUGAGCAAGUAACCGGAGCCGAACUCCGAGUGCCAUUCAUCCUCCGCAAAGAGGACUUGUCAUCCUCUCCUGACGAUGAGGACCAAGUCGUCUCCGUGAAAAUCCUCCUUCACGACAUCAUCAAGAAGAAGACGCACCCUUUGUCGAAAAAGCCGAAACAGUUCCACCUCACCCAACCCAUCACGCAACCCAUCGACUCAAAAACGGUGAACGUAUCGAAACGGCGGAACGGAACGACCACGACGUUCUAUCUGACGUUCGACGUCUUCCCAGCCGUCACUCGGUGGGGAAAAAACCGCAAAAUUAAUCACGGACUUUUGCUAGAAAUCGUGUACAUUGGACAGAACGGGGUUCCCAUCACUUCUCCUCCGAGGAAACAAGACGCAGGGAAAGUUACGAAGCGUCACAACGUUCGUGUGAAGAGAGACCUGGCCAUCGCCUCCUCGAGUUCUUCUAGAGAUGAUGAUGACUCAGGGAAAUCUGCCGCACAAGGGACGGAAGUGGGUGCGGUUGCGGCUGUCAUUCCAACACAAAAUGAGUCUAAGAAAUCUUCUACCACUCAACCGAUUGUCCUCUUCACUUAUUCCGACGAUAAUCGCACCGGUCGUAAGACGCGUGAUGCAAAAACAAUUUCACGGCAGUAUCGAGCCGCUCAGCAAAACCAGCAACAACGUCGAAGGAAGAAUCACCGGAACAAGAACAAGAGAAGAAACCUCUGCGCCAGACACAACAUGUUUGUCGACUUUACCGAUGUCGGAUGGAACGAUUGGAUUGUUGCACCUCCAGGGGCUCAUUUUUUCCACUGCUCUGGCGAAUGUCCUUUCCCUAUGGCUGAGAAUUUGAAUGCGACGAACCACGCCGUAAUCCAGGCUCUUGUGAACUCGAUGAAUCCAGGCUUGGUUCCACCCCCUUGUUGCGUCCCCACCAAAUAUUCUUCCCUGUCCCUCCUCUACACGGACUCCUCGGACAAAAUCGUUCUAAAGAAUUACAACGAGAUGGUGGUGGAUAGUUGUGGCUGCAGCUAAAAACACGGGGAGGUCAACCUCGUUCCGUAUAUCUCGUCGGAAUUCGGACCUGUUUUGGAGCCUGAUAUGUUGUUAUCGAGACGAUACGAUUCAGCAAUCGGUCAACAUCAACAGCUACAUAUCCAUUUGUGUUCGGGUCCGUGGUGGACAUACGGAAAACUUGGUUUUUAAUGUUUGGUGAUUUUUGCAACUUUACCUGGAGGAACAACCGGAUUAUAAAAGAGUGAAACUUACAAGUAUAUUUGUGUGCUGGUCGUUUGUCAUACCUAAGUAUUUUAUUUUUGUUGUUUUUAAUUAUUAAAAAUUUUAUCUGUUAACUAUUUAAUUUACAUAAGUAGUAAAAUAAUUAGUUAAAUACCGCAGUCAAUAGUCAUCUAAGGUCAGUUAUAAGAAUUUACUUUUAAUAAAAAUAAGCAUAGAAAUAGAGUAGCAUUAAUAAUAUAAUCCAUGAAAUGGAGAGUGUGGUUCAAUGUUACGCGGAAUAUUAAGAGUACCUGUUUAUUAUGAAUUUUUAAACAAUUUCUUAAAAAAAUGAGCAGACAGAGGCUAAUAAUUAUUUUAAAAGUCUUACUUUUUCCUCGCUUAUUAAAUAAAUAAUAUUGUUUUGCUUUUAUUUUGACGGGACAUGAAAAUGCAAUAUUACUAAACCAAUUUACGAAUAUUAUUGCCAUUUAAAAAUUAAUACUCUACAUAUUCCUUUACUGGUUAUGGCGAAUGAUAAACUUGUGAUAUAUAAAAGAGCAUCUAUAACUAAAAUAGUGUAGUAAAUAUUGUUAAUGGACGAAUUUUUUAAGAGGAGGAGGAGAUUGUAAAAUUGUAUGAAAAGAAGAUAAUUUGUGUAUGUGCUUAUAAAUACAGGUUAAGUUUUAGGAUAAAAGAAACUGAAUUAAUUUUGAUAAUAAUAGAAAAUGCCAUACUACUUUUACAUAAGUAUUAAAAAGCCACGAUUUAAUUAAACUUGAUAUUUAAGCAGUAUAUAUAAAGCAGCUGCAUGCAUAAAUGCAUACUUACUGAUAUCUACUCCAUGAACAUGACGAGGCUAAGAGAAAUGUGAAAAUGAAUAAAUAUAUACGGAUGGAAAGAAAAUUA